AUGAAGUUGAUUUACCUCGGUUUACUGAGCAACCUCCUGAACUCGCCUUCCUUAACCCACGCUGCUAAUGUGGCUGUAAGGAAGAUUGGGAAGGACGCUAUGAUUAAAAACAACAAGGUUACGUGGAUGGGAGAAGAUGGCUUUCAAGAUGGCUUUUCAUGCCCAGAUACCCAUGUCCUCCAACCAAGUGCUGAUCAGCAGUCUGCUUCCUGCUGCUUGCCCGGCCUAACUCUCAAGGGCAGUUCUACCACGUCGUUUGACUGCUGCGCUGAAGGUCACGAUUUAGCUGGCUCUGAGGCUGUCGGUUAUAUCUGCUGUCCCACUGGACAGAUCUACGACGGGAAGGUUUGUAAGAACGGCAAACCACUCAUGGAGGGUAAAUGUGCUUGCUCCGAGGAUAAGAAUGUGACCUCUGAGGGAUGCUGCGAACCUGAGGAAUGCUCAUCCGGGCUGAAAACUGGAAAAUGCUAUACGUUCAAGGAGAGCAACGGCUACCUUCUCGGCUACCUCCGUACUGGAAAAUACUAUAAUGCAGCUCCAGAUAGCAGAGAUCGCAUCUUUGGAAAGUUCCAGCUCUGCAGAGACCAGAUGUGUAACCCGGGACGUCCAAUCAACGCCGGAGACGAGCUUUACAUCAAAGACCUCCACGGAACCCCUAUGGACGGAGCAGAUGCAGGUCAGUGGAUGAAUAAUGCAGCUGACGGGCCCCAUAUCGGCAAGACCCCAAACUUUGCAAUGGCGGGCAGAUUUGCAAUCACCAAGUGGCCUUGCGGCAAAUACUGCAUUACAGGGGCUGAACUAGGCCUUGGACCUGCAUGUCCGGCGGAUCAGCCCGCUCUUACGUUUUACACGCGGUCUUCCGAGCCAUGCGUCCCAUAUGAACUUACGGAGGUUCCAUGCAGCGUGAGAAGUAUCAAAAAUAACUGCAUCUGGUACAAUGGCAAGGACCAAUGCUGUAACAAGAUUGACUGUUCAGAGAGAAAAUGCCACAAAUAA